AUGAGCAUCGACCGCUGCUGGCAAUUCUUUCAAAUUGCCCAGCCCACGAAUGGCACGCAGAUGUCCCCCACGAGAGCCACUGUGAGUUCUGCGAAUGUUGUCAAUUUGGGUCUGGGUCUUGCUGGUCGGGGCCUGGAAUCAGGGCUCGAGCCAGGUUUCAGGCCUUCGAAACCAGAUGCCCCUCUUGUGAGCCAGUUUACCUCCAAAUUGCGCAACAAGAUCAUGCUUCAGCGCGAUUUCGAGACUCUUGAGUCGAUGCUUGCCGAUUUUGACCGCAACAAAGGCUGGAUCUCAGAGUUUGUGCAAAAAGGAGGUCUGGAGCUGCUAGCGAUCAACGUGGGCGAGCUCAGACGGGACAAGGAUGAGUGGGUAGAUCUUGAGUUUCUAGCAUUGACAUGUAUGAAGCAUAUUGUCUCUUGUUGCAGCGAAGUCAUUGACAGGAUGAACUACGACGUGAUAACUCUGAUUGUAUCAUCUUUGAUCUCUCCCAGCGUGGUAACGCGGAAUCUGACAACUGGCAUGCUCACGCUAGUGAUUGCACACCGAGCCUCCAGUGCAAAACAAAUUCUGAACGCUAUAGCAAAGACUAUCGGCGUUGGAUCGUGGAUAUCUGCUGCGUGCUCCAUGGUGAGCGAGCUAUGGGCCAAUCGCAGUCAGACGGCAUCUUUUCGGUCGAGUCCUGCAUAUCUUGCAAACGAAUAUGCUUUACUAACCACCUUCCUAAUGCUCUCUGUGGUUACGGCGACGAAAAAUGUGCGACGCCAUCUAGAACAGCAUGGUCUUCUGUCUUUUUUCGAACUUGCUGGAAAACUAAACAAUAGCGCGAUCAACGACCUAGUGCGAAACUACUUUGAGCACGAGGACGAGCCCAGCGACUCUUUGCAGCCCGAAACUGGGUAUUUCGAGAAUCCCAGUCUGGAGCGUCAUGCCCGUGAGAUUCUACGCUCGCUGUCGUUUCUUAGCCAGACAAGACCACCACACGAAGCAGAACGCUACUUCCGCCUGAUCAGCCUUCUGGUUAGCCAUAUAAGCCAGAUGAAGAGCAUUGGCGACGAGAACCUGUCAUUCUCAAUCCAGCUGAUUCUAGAUCGUUUAAGCUCAGAUGAGGUCGCAAUGCGCGCGACGACCGAGUCGCGCCAUGCCUUGAAACUGCUAAGAGAGUAUAAAAAAGAAAUCAGUUCGUUGCAGCACGAAAUAGAGACUCUGCGCAAAUUGCGUCGUCCCUUGGUGAGGAUCAAUGGGAUGGAAAAUAGGGGAAAAAGCGAGAACAGCAAAGUUGGCCACAGACAAGAAAGGCUUGCUGCAAAGGAAAUUAGAGAACCGGACGCAACUUCUACAAAUGGCUCCGUCAGGGUUUCUAGCUCAAGUCCUUCCAGAGCAAGCAACUCUGGUGGCAGCUAUUUUGAGCCAUACGAUGAUUACAAAAUCAACUCGCCAGAACACCCAAAAGACACCAAUUUUGUUGUUGCUUCGCCAAAUAGCAUAGCUCCGCCAUUGCCGCCGUUCCUUCAACUUAAAGGUCCGGCUUCCAUCGAUGCACCGCCGCCACCGCCACCGCCACCGCCACCACCCUCGUUCCUGAAACCUGCCCCUCCAACACCCCCGAUACCAACUUCUGCUCCUGCUCCUCCGCCGCCCCCUUCGUUUCUGAAACCGGCAGCGGCAGGGCCGCCUGUGCCGCCGCCGCUCCCCAAAAUGUCCACCUCCGAUCCCCAGAAGCUAGGCAAACGAAAAGAUGACACACCAAAACCGGUUCUGCGAAGACCAACGUCCAAACUGAAACAAGUGCAUUGGGACAAGCUGGACGACGUGUCCAAUACAAUCUGGAAGACUGUGGAUGACGCGGCCCUGGCAUCGAAGCUGGAGGAACUGGGCGUUUUGGACGAUCUGGAGAGCCAGUUCUAUGCUGUCGAGACUAAAGCGUUCAAGCCCAAAGCUGUGGUAGCCAAGAACACCAAACGGAGCUUUUUGUCCCGCGACCUGCAGCAGCAGUUUGGAAUUAAUCUGUACCAGUUUAGUGGGCUACCGGAGAUGGACUUUGUGGCCAAAGUGCUCCGAUGCGAUCGCAGCCUGGUACAGAACUCGAGUUUAGUGGACUUUUUCUGCAACGACGCGCUGACGGAGAUUUCGCCGAAUCUGAUGCGAGAUUUUGCUCCGUAUUCGACAAACUACAUCCAGAAUCACAAGCCCAAGAAGGACCCAGCAGAGCUCGACCGUCUGGACAGAAUAUAUUUGGAAUUGUGCUUCAAUUUGCGCCAUUACUGGACAGAAAGGUCCAAAUGCAUUUCAGUGUGCUACAACUACGAACGCGAUCUAGAGGAUCUGGGCCGCGACCUGCAGGUGUUGGAGAAUGCUGUGGAGGAGGUCCGUGAGUCCACAUCUUUGGUUCAGGUUCUGUAUAUCAUCAGGGGUCUGGGCAACUUCAUGAACGAUGCAUCGAAAUCGGCCAACGGGUUCAAGCUCAGCACCCUUCAAAGACUCAAAUAUCUAAAGGAUUCGAAAAAUACCACUACUUUGCUUAACUACAUUGAGAAAGUGAUCAGAACGCGGUUCAGUGAGUACGCGAAUUUUGCAGACGAGAUCAGCGCCGUCCACAAGGCCCACAAUAUCUCGAUAGAUACUCUAGCAAGCGAAUUCAGAGAGCUGCUGCGCAACGUCGAGUCUUGCAACAAGGCGCUCACGGACGGGUGUUUAAGCGACCCCACGAAGCUGCACCCUGACGACCGCAUUGUGAGCUUUGCCAAGUCGCGGAUCGCUGUGGCACAGACCAAAAUGAGAGAAUUUGACACUAAGCUAACGAGCGUUAUUGACAGUUUUGACGAGCUGAUGGAAAAAUUCGGGGAACGCGUUAAAGACGAAAGCGCGCGCGGCUCGUUCUUCUCCAAGUUCAAACUAUUUGUGGACGAUUACAGAAAAGCCCAGGCUGACAACGCCCGCCUGGAAGAGGAAGAGAGAGCGUACGAAAAACGGAAGCGCAUGAUGGAGGAGUUUAAGAAAAGCAAGUGCGAGCAGGACCAGCCGCAGGACAACUUGAUAGAAUCGCUGCUGGACCAACUGCGCACACAGAAACCGACCACAAAGGCGCCGUCUGUACCUUUGGAAGUGCCCGAGCACGCGGAAACGCAGGAUAUCAGUGCCAAGGCGUUGCAAAUACUGCAAAAUCUGCCUCGGCUCGACGACGUGCCUGACCUGCCGCCCUCUACGCCUCCACGACAAAGCUCGUCUACAGAGGGCUCGCCAGACAAGCUGAGCAUGAUCCCGUAUCUCAUCACAGAAACUCUGAGCCCGAGCAAGGGGAAAGACAACUGA